CAUUGAAAACAUGCCGCUGUUAUUGUGACUUUCAGAAAUUAUAGGACUAAACGAACUUAAGUAGGAAACAUGGCAGCUAGCAGGACAGAAAAAAUAAGAACUAUAUUUCAGAGAUGUGAAAGGUUAAUGCGUUCUGGAGGCUUACCCGAGUCAGAAAAGCCGUUGUGGUAUGAUGUGUAUGCAGCCUUUCCACCAGCUGUGGAGCCAUUGUAUAAUAGACCUGUUCCCACCAAAACCAUAAACAGAAUCUUGUAUCCAGAGGACUUGGUCAGAGCGAGAUAUUACAAAGAAAUCUACGAUACUGACCAAGUAGACUUGAAAAAUUCAGCGGUACCAACUAUAUCUAAUAAGUUUAUUGAUAAAUAUUUUGAGUUAAGAAAGAUGGACCAAUCUAAUCCAAACCUGUUUGCUGACACAGUGAAUGCAUUAAGAAAUGAAGGAGUUAAGUUAACUACAUGGGAGGAGCGAGAAAAUGUGGCAAAAUUAUUCAGGAAUGAUGAUACGGCAUCAAGAAAGCCAGACUUCACAGCAGAGGAAGUGUUUGGAGAAGACACUGUUGACCCGAAAGCGAAGCAGGCAGAUGACAUAGAUAUAGAUAAUGUUGCAGCUGAUUUGUUCAAAUAAUUUAGGACUGUAGACAUUGAGGUUAUUUGUGUAAAUGGUGAGAAAGUGAAAAAAGUAAAUGUGUGUCAUUGAAACUGUUGUGUGUGGGCUUUUUGAAGAAUAUUAUUAUUGAUUUCUGAUAUUAAAGAUGAAAUUUUCAAAAA